CCUCCUCCUCCUCCGCCUCCUCUUCACCUCCGCGCCCAGCUGCUCCCAGAGUGCAGUUCCGACCCACAGCCUGGCACCCUUCGGCGAGAGCUGUUUGUUUAGGGCUCGGUGAGUCCAAUCAGGAGCAGAGGCUGCAGUUUUCCGGCGGAGCAGUAAGAGGCGCCUCCUCUCUCCUUUUUAUUCUCCAGCCGCGCCGCGCAGACCCUGGACUCGCGCUCUCCCGCCGCCGGCGCCCUCGGCUUCGCUGCGCGCCACCCGGAGCCCUCUCCGCCGCCGCCACCGUGCUCCAUGCGCCGCGCCCGCCCGAGGAGCUAGGAGCCAGCUCAGCGCGGCGCCGGCCCGUGGAUGGCCUUGACUGACGGCGGCUGGUGCCUGCCGAAGCGCUUCGGGGCCGCGGCUGCGGACGCCGGCGACCCGGGGGCCUUUCCAGCGCGGGAGCCGUCCACGCCGCCCUCCCCGAUCUCCUCGUCGUCGUCCUCGUGCUCCCGGGGCGGCGCCGGCCCCUGCAGGACGCCGCAGCUCGACGCGGAGGCGGUGGCGGGGCCUCCGGCCCGCUCGCUGCUGCUCGGCCCCUACGCCUCGCACGCCUUCGGGGCAGCGCACGGACCUGCGGCGCCGGGGGUCGCGGGCCCCGGCAGCGCCCUGUCCAGCUGGGAGGACCUGUUGCUUUUCACCGACCUCGACCAGGCGGCCACGGCCAGCAAGCUGCUGUGGUCCAGCCGGGGUGCCAAGCUGAGCCCCUUUGCGCCCGAGCAGCCCGAGGAGAUGUACCAGACGCUCGCCGCGCUCUCCGGCCAGGGCCCGGCCACCUACGACGGCGCCCCCGGCGGCUUCGUGCACUCGGCGGCGGCAGCGGCGGCAGCGGCGGCGGCGGCCGCCAGCUCCCCGGUCUACGUGCCCACCACGCGCGUGGGCUCCAUGCUGCCCGGCCUGCCCUACCUGCAGGGCGCGGCCGGCGCCCCCCCCAGCCACGCGGGCGGCGCGGGCGCACACCCCGGCUGGCCCCAGGGGGCGGCCGACAGCCCCCCCUACGGCGGCGGGGGCGGCACGGCGCCUGGCGGGGCCCCGGGACCCGGCAGCGCCAGCUCGGCCGGGGCGCACGGCUCCGCGCGCUUCCCCUACUCGCCUAGCCCACCCGGGGCCACUGGCGCAGCGCGGGAGCCCGGUGGCUACGCGGCGGCCGGAGGCGGGGGCACGGGCGGCGUGAGCGGAGGCGCCGGGGGCGGCCUGGCGCCCAUGGCCGGCCGGGAGCACCAGUACAGCUCGCUGUCCGCCGCACGGCCGCUGAACGGGACGUACCACCACCACCACCACCACCACCCCAGCCCUUACUCGCCCUAUAUGGGCGCGCCGCUGACGCCUGCCUGGCCGGCCGGACCCUUCGAGACCCCGGUGCUGCACAGCCUGCAGAGCCGCGCCGGAGGCCCGCUCCCCGUGCCGCGGGGGCCCAGCGCAGAGCUGCUGGAGGACCUGCCCGAGAGCCGCGAGUGCGCGAACUGCGGCUCCAUCCAGACCCCGCUGUGGCGACGCGACGGCACCGGCCACUACCUGUGCAACGCCUGCGGCCUCUACAGCAAGAUGAACGGCCUCAGUCGGCCCCUCAUCAAGCCGCAGAAGCGCGUGCCUUCAUCUCGGCGGCUUGGAUUGUCUUGUGCCAACUGUCACACCACCACCACCACCUUGUGGCGCCGGAAUGCCGAGGGCGAACCCGUGUGCAAUGCGUGUGGGCUCUACAUGAAACUCCACGGGGUGCCUCGACCACUCGCUAUGAAAAAAGAGGGAAUUCAAACCAGGAAACGAAAACCUAAAAACAUAAAUAAGUCAAAGACUUGCUCUGGUAAUAGCAAUAAUUCCAUUCCUAUGACUCCAACUUCAACCUCUUCUAACUCAGACGAUUGCAGCAAAAAUACUUCCCCUCCGACACAACCGACAGCCUCGAGGGCCGGCCCCCCUGCGAUGUCCGGCGUGGCCGAGGGCACCAACCCCACCGAGAGCAGCGAGCUCAAGUAUCCGGGUCAGGACGGGCUGUACAUCGGCGUCAGUCUGGCCUCGCCCGCGGCCGAGGUCACGUCCUCCGUCCGACAGGAUUCCUGGUGCGCGCUGGCCCUGGCCUGAGCUGCGCGGCUGGGAGCGGGAGGACGUUGGGGGUCUGCACCCCGUGUCCCCAUGGUGGUAAGGGAACAUUUCUCCGACGCACACGGGAUUUGGUGCCUUUGCUUUAGAAGAGAUGAGAAGACGGCUGUGCCCGGGCUGCAUGCCAGGGCCGCCUCCAGAUGACCGGGGACAUGGCCGCCGGCCGCCCCCCCGGGAGUCUUCAGAAAAGGGUUCACACACUGUCCCGAAUCGUGUGCUUCUUCUGAUCCACGUGGUUCCUCCUGGAUUUCUCCUACCUGCUCCCACGCCGAGCGCACGGAGAGAUCGCGGAGGGCGCUUGGUGCGCGGUGCGGGCCGGGUCGGUCCCCAGGUCUCAUCCAGAGCGAAGCUCAGCUUGCGAGGAGGGUGCGUCUAACUCUGACUACACCGUGACUGACGCUCCACGUUCAGCUCGCGCGCUGGCCAACGUGAGGUCGGUCGCCAUUUGUAAACAGGGUAGCAAACAAAAUAUUUUUCUUCCAUGUAUACAAUAAUUUUUUUUUAAAAGUGCAAUUUGCGUUGCAGCAAUCAGUGUUAAAUCACUUGCAUAAGAUUUAACAGCAUUUUUAUAAUGAAUGUAAACAUUUUAACUUAAUGGUACUUAAAAUAAUUUAAAAGAAACAAUGUUAACGUAGACAUUCUUGUGCUUCUCUUACAACUUUUACAUCCCAUUUCUAUAUUCCCAAUUGUUGAAGAAAAACGAUUUCAAGAACAAAUCUUCUCAGGAAAAUUGCCUUCGUCCACUUGUUAAGGAUUUUUAUACAAGAACACCGCUGUACCCCUUUCUUGGACUGUGGAAUAUGAGCUGGAAGAACUUUACUACCUAACGAAUAGCAUUUGUAAAUACUCUAGGCAUCUGUAAACACUCGGAAGUUGUACAGUGUGACUAACCCACAGGUUGGUUUGCAUUCAUUUUUUUAAAAAAAUGGGAUGUCCUAUGGAAAGCUAUCACACCAGAGUUUUUAAAAUAAAAAGGGUAUUGUUUUGUGUUCUUUUA